AUGAUUUAACUGAAAAAGUUGGGAUACCAUAUUCAAAAGGACUUGCUCUUCUUCUUGACAAUGGAUGGUAUGUCGAAGAAAUUGAGAGUAUUAUGGAUAAUGAUGUGUAUACGAUUAAAGGUACAAACUCGUAAUUAGAAUGUUAACAAGGAAAAAAUAGUUAUGAAAAUUAGAUUAUUCAAGAUUUAAAUAAUGACAAUUAAAAAUAAAAUGGCUAAACUUAAAUACAAUAACAAAGAGAGGAUAAUUUAGGAUCUAUCCAGCAAAUCAUAUUUGAAGGAAAAAAUCUAGAUUCUAAGUUUAUGCUUUAUUACUAACUUCUUGAUAAGUCUUGGUUCAACGCAAUAGAUAUCAGUUAUAAGCUGGAAUAAUGUAUUAUAAGAUAAUUUAUACCAGGAAGUGUUCAUCCAAUCAAGUUACGUGACUGCUUUCAUCAUCCUUAUAUUUGGCCAAUUAAUCGAUAUCAAAUUCAGAAUACUUAAAAUGUUUUAUGUCUCUUGUCUCCUCGUAAUCGCAGUGUUUAAGAUUAUCGAUGGAAGAAUUGGUUACAGUAUGGGCUUUGAUGAGAAUGACUUAGAGGGAAUGGCUAUAUUUUACUUUGUUCCUCAAAAUAUUGUGAUUUUUGUAAUCUAAGUGACUUUAUUCAAUUGGUUUUCUAGAACAGAUGAGUAGCGAGAGUUAUAAGUUUACACAAGUGUGAUUCUAUUGUUAAUUGUAGCUGUUCUUAACUGGCUUUAUCUUAUUAUUGAUCCAUUAGAAAAGGGAUUCUUGAUGAAUGAAAAUUUGGUUCUAGUCAGUUGCUUAAUUUCUGAUAGCUUUGAAAAAAAGUAAACUCAUGAAGAUUAGAAAGUUGAAUAAAAUUAUCCAAAAGAAAGUCCAUUACUUUUAAAAUAUAAAAAUAGGAAUACUAAUUAAAAUGCAACAAUCCCAGCUCCUAAUAGAAUAAGUUUAUCAAACACUUCAAGCUCCUCAUCUAUAAAUCCUUUCAAUCAUUUAGAUUUAAGGGUUACUGAUGUAUAGAUUCAUGAUAAAAACGCUUAAAUUUAUUAAGAAAAAACAUUUUCUCAUAUUGAAAGAAAAAAUACAACAGCUUUAAUGAAAAAGCACCAUUCUAGGACUCAAACUAACAAUCUUAAUAAGCUUAGCAAUAAUUACUCUUAGAUGAUAAUGGAUACUCAGGAGGAUUAAUACUAUGAUAAAAAUGAUUAUAGAAACAUAACUCAUUAACUUUCAAAUUAGAUUCUGAGCAUGAACAGUAAAGGAAUAAGUAUGCUCAGUAUUUUAUCAUAUCCAAACGUUAUCAGAUUGUUAAUAGUACUCAUAGUUGUUUUUAUAAAAUUUGACAUUAGCAAUAUUACCUUAGUGAUUUUGACUGAUAAAGUUAUACAUGCUAAUAAUGGAGAUGGUAAAAUAUCUGAUAUUAUUUUGUAGGAAAGAAUCUAAUAAAAUACUACAUUAGAAAUUCUUUUCGUAUUCCUCAAGGCAAUCCUUCUGAUGAUUGCAGGAUUAAUCUCAUCAAGAUAUUUUGUAUCAGAAAUCAAUUCUUAGAUCCCAUUCUAUCUAAUAAGAGUAAUAAACAAUAUUGACUAGGCUUAGGCUGAUAAGAGAGCUAAUUCUGAUGCAAGUAUGGACUUUUGA